AUCACAAACGUGCAUGGCUGAAAAUUAAAAUGAAAAAUGGGGUGACAUGUCAUCAGAUUCAGACGCUGACAAACCCAAAAACACAAAUGAAGGAGAAGAUAAUCAAAAUAAGAAAAGAUAAAAUUACAAAGGAAACAAUCAAUAAAGAAAUAAUAAUAAAAGAGGAUAUAGAGAUAACAAAGACAAUCAAAGAUAAGAAAAUGAUUAAAGGGAUAAUAGGGAAAACCAAAGGAGUUAUAAAAAUAGAGAUACUUAAGGAGGUGACCGAAAUUAAAGAGGUGAAAAUAGGAAUGACAAUAAUCAAAGAAGACAUAAUAGAGAUAACUAUAGUAAUAUGUUAUAAUCUAUUAUUAGCAUUUGUUGAAUAAAAGAAGGAUCAAUUAUCUAACUUUACUGGUGAUAGUGUAAAUAUCCUUAUUCAUUGCUAAAAUUUAAAAUUAACAGAGAACUAAAUAAAAGAAGCUUUGAAGGACAUCUAAAUGAAGAAUUUUAACAUUUAUCAAGAUUAGGCUAGAUUUGAUGUAGAUAAAGAUAAUGCAUUAAAAUUACUUGAUGUUCAUAAAUUAUAAUUUGUAAUUCCAUAAAAUAUUUAAAUAUAUAGGAAGUAGAUGGAUAAAUAGAAAGAAUUUUUAUGAAAAUUGGUUAUGAUAAAGAAAGAAAUUAAAAUUACUAAGGAAAAUAUCAUAAUCAACACAGACAAUUUAAUGAAGACCAUCAUAAUGAAUUUAUUCACAAAAGAAGAGAUUAAUAGAACAGAGGUGGAGACUAUUAAAAUAGACGAGGCAAUGAUUAUUAAUAAUAACAUUAAAAAAUUAGUGAACCUCCUAAAAUUGUUAGAAAUACUUCAUCACGUGUAGACGAAAAUAAUGUAAUUUUUUUAUUGAUUAUUAGCAAUAAUAAUAAUAAGUUUAAUAACCAGAUUAAUAAAUUAUUCCAGAAAAACCUACAGAUUCUGGAGAAUUGAAAGUUGAAUAAUAAAUAGUACCAUAAAUUCCUUCUGAUGAGCAAUAAUAAUAGUAAUAAUAAUAAUAAUAAGAAUAAUAAGAAUAAUAAUAAUUAGAAUAAUAAGAAUAAUAAUAAUAAGAAUAAUAAUAAUAAGAAUAAUAAUAAUAAUAAUAAUAAUAAUAAUAAUAAUAAUAAUAAUAAUAAUAAUAAUAAUAAUAAUAAUAAUAAUAAUAAUAAUAAUAAUAAUAAUAUUAAUAAUAGCAACAAGAUUCUAAUUAAAGAAGAUAUAACAAUAAUCGAGGAAAUGACUAUCAAUAAAAAAAUUAUCAUAAUAAUAAUUAUAAAAAUAAUUAUAGAAAUUAUAAUAAAUAUGAUAGAGAUCAAAAUAAUAAUCCAGAUUAAUAGCAAGAUAAUAAUACUGACAAUUAAUUUAGAAAUAAUAACUAAUAUAGAGGAAAUAAAUAUUAAAAUAGAGAAUAAAGAAAUAAUAUAAAUGAUAAUAAUUAAGAAGUAGAAUAAAAUGAAUAAAAAGAUGAAAAUAAUAAUACAUAAUAGCCAAAAGGUGGUUAAAGAAAUUAUGAUAAUAGAAAGGGUUAUUAUAACAAAGAUAAUAGAGAUUAUCAUAGAGAUAAUAGAGAUUAUAAUAGAGAUAAUCGAGAUUAUAAUAGAGAUAAAAGAGAUUGGAGAGAAAAUGCUGAUUAAAGAGAAAAUAGAGAUUAAAAUGAAAAUAGAGAUUAACGAUAUAAUAGAGAUUAAAGAGAUAAUAGAGAAUAAAGAGAUUAAAGAGAAUAAAGAGAUAAUAAAGAAUAAAGAGAUAACAGAGAUGAAAGGGAUAAUAGAGAAUAAAGAGAUAAUAGAGAAUAAAGAGAUAAUAGAGAUUAAAGAGAUAACAGAGAAUAAAGAGAUGACAGAGACAAUAGAGAUAAUAGAGAUUAAAGAGAUUAAAGAGAUAAUAGGGAUAAUAGGGAUAAUAGAGAAUAAAGAGACAAUAGAGAUUAAAGAUAUAAUAGAGAUUAAAGAGAUAAUAGAGAAUAAAGAGAUUAAAGAGAUAAUAGAGAUUACAAAAAAAAAUGGGAUAAUGGAGAUAAUAGGGAUAACAGAGAUAAAAGAGAUAAAUAUGAAAAAACAGAUAUUAGAGAAAGAAGAGAUGAUAAUGAUAAUAGAGAUUAUUAAGAAAAUAGAGAUUAUUAUAAAGGAAAUAGAGACAAUUACCGUGAUAAUUAAGCUUAUAGAGACAAUUAACCUUAAAGAUAUAAUAACAGAGAAUAAAAAGAAGGAGAAAAUAAUGAUACAGAAGAUACAAAAAAAACAACCAAUAGAGAAAGAAAGGCUCAUGUAUUUACUUAUAAAUAUUAUAGAAUGAAAUUUAAGAUUUUGCAAUUUCUCACCAUCAUAAUAAAAAAAAGAAGGAUUCUAAAAAGCAAUAAAUAAAAUCUUAGAAUCCAUUCGACGCAUUAAAGUAAUGA